AUGAUAAGGCAAAGCGUACGGUCCUUUGCGACCAGCGCCAUGCGCAUGGCCGAGGCCUCGUCGCCAAAACUAGGCAUUGCGCACGCCCAAGGAGUCGCAAGAGGGCUGACUGGAGCGAUCGGAAACACCCCGCUGAUCCGCCUGAACAAGCUCUCCGAGCGGACCGGCUGCGAGGUGCUCGGCAAGGCCGAGUUCAUGAACCCGGGCGGGUCGGUCAAGGACCGCGCGGCGCUGUACGUGGUGCAGGACGCCGAGCGCAAGGGGCUGCUCAAGCCGGGCGGCACCGUCGUCGAGGGCACGGCGGGCAACACGGGCAUCGGGCUGGCGCACGUGUGCCGCUCGCUGGGCUACCGCCUCGUCAUCUACAUGCCCAACACCCAGUCCCAGGGCAAGAUCGACCUGCUGCGCCUGCUGGGCGCAGAGGUCUACCCCGUGCCCGCCGUCGCCUUCGACAACCCGGAGAACUACAACCACCAGGCCCGCCGCCACGCCGAGAGCCUCGGCCACGGCAACGCCGUCUGGACCAACCAGUUCGACAACACCGCCAACCGCCAGGCCCACAUCGAGACCACGGGCCCCGAGAUCUGGGCCCAGACCCAGGGCAAGGUCGACGCCUUCACCUGCGCCACGGGCACGGCCGGCACCUUCGCCGGCGUCACCCGCUACCUCAAGGACGUCAGCGGCGGCAGGGUCAAGUGCUUCCUGGCCGACCCGCCAGGGAGCGUGCUGCACUCGUACGUCCAGUCCGGGGGCAAGCUGGUGGAGAGGACGGGGUCCAGCAUCACGGAGGGCAUCGGCCAGGGGCGGAUCACGGACAACCUGAAGCCCGACAUCGGCCUGGUGGACGAUUCGCUGCACAUCCCUGACGAGGAAACGAUUGAAAUGGUCUACCGCUGCCUGGAUGAGGAGGGUCUGUACCUGGGCGCCAGCUCCACACUCAACGUCGUGGCUGCUCAGAAGGCGGCGGAGAAGCUGGGCAAGGGUCACACCGUUGUCACCAUGCUGUGCGAUGGGGCUUACAGAUACCAGGACCGGUUGUUCUCGAGGAAGUGGUUGACGGAGAAGAAGCUGAUAGGGUCAAUCCCCAAGCAUCUGGAGAGGUACAUAGUCUUGCCAUAA